CCCCCCUCUCCCUGGGCCUUGCCGCCUGCUGGCCUCCGCCGUGUCGCCUCCCCCUCCCCCUGCGUGAGCCGUCCUACACUUCCCGGCACGCCCUGUGAGUGGACCCGUGCGCCCGAAUCUCCGCCAAAAAUAGCCAGGCUCACUUGUCAUUGAUCUGCCUUGUAUAUGCACGCGAAAAGGCCGCCCUCAGUCAAAGUCGACUCGCCGGUUCCCUGAGCCAGCCCCCCCGUCUCGCUUUUCUCCGCCACCCCCUUCGCGCACCCUAUCCCCCUCCGUGCGCCGACUAUGGCCCACAUUCACGACCCGCGCUCGCCGCCGGUGACAGCCUCCGGAGCGCCUGCUCCCGCUGUCAACCCCGCUGUCGCCGCCGGUAACCCUGGCGGGGCUCACUACGCCGCUGCUCCCGCCCAUCGCGCCCCCGCCGCCGGCCAGUCCCGUCGCUCCGGACAGGAAACCAGCCGCACCAUGAUGGUCACCACUGUCGGGGAAAAGUUCCGCGUUGGCAAGAAGAUCGGCGAGGGCAGCUUCGGCAUCAUCCAUGAGGGUACCUCGCUGUCGAACCCGGAGACCAAGGUCGCCGUGAAGUUUGAGUCGCGCAAGAGCGAGGCCCCGCAGCUGCGCGAUGAGUACCGCGCUUACCAGAUUCUCCAGGGCUCCCCUGGCAUUCCUCGUGUUUUCUACUUCGGUGUCGAGUCAAGCUUCAAUGUCCUUGUCAUCGAGCUGCUCGGUCCCAGCCUGGAGGACCUCUUCGAAGUGUGCAGCCGGACCUUCUCCGUCAAGACUGUCUGCAUGCUGGCCAAGCAGAUGCUCACCCGUGUCCGUGCCUGUCACGAGCGCGGCCUCAUCUACCGGGACAUCAAGCCGGACAACUUCCUGAUUGGCCGGAACUCCUCCCAGGAGGGGACCACCGUGUACCUGAUCGACUUUGGCAUGGCCAAGUACUACCGCGACCCGCACACCGGGCAGCACAUCCCCUACCGGGAAAAGAAGUCCCUCUCCGGCACCGCGCGCUACAUGUGUAUCAACACGCAUAUUGGCCGCGAACAAUCCCGCCGCGACGACCUCGAGGCAUUGGGACACGUUUUUAUGUACUUCCUCCGCGGUGCCCUUCCCUGGCAGGGGCUCAAGGCGCAGACCAACAAGCAGAAGUAUGAUAAGAUCGGCGAGAAGAAGCGCGAGAUCCGCGUGAACGACCUGUGCGCCGGGUACCCGGAGGAGUUCGCCAAGUAUUUGGGCUACGCGCGCAAUCUCAAGUUCGACGAAACCCCCGACUACGACUACCUGCUGAAGCUCUUCAACCAGGUUCUCAAGAAGGAGCAUCUGGUCGACGACCAGGUGUACGAUUGGCAGACGACGGCGCGCGGCGCGCCGCGGCCGGACCGCAACUCCCCCCAUCCCGGGGUCCCGCCGCACCAGACCUCCUCCUCGACGGCGGUGCUGCCCGGCAGUCGCGCGCACCUCGGCGAGGACCCCAGCAGCGGGUCCAACAAUGCCGCGUACCAGUCGCGCCAGGGGUCGGCCGACCCGCGGGCCGCCUCGCAGGCCGGGUCCAAUGUCUACCCCGGGGCCGGGAACAAGUCCGGCUCGCCCUCCUCCAGCCCCCAGGGCAACAGCUCCUCGCCCACCGGAGAAAGCCGCCGCCCGGGCUCCAAUCAGAACAGCUCCAGUCGCUGGAUGAACCCCUUCAGCUGCUUCCUCCGGUGAGCGGGCGGGAGGGGCCUGCCCUUUUUCUUUUCCUUUUUGCUGUCCGCCCGCUCUCUCUCUCUCUCUCUGCACAGAGGGCGAGGGGCGCGCCAACGCGACCACUGGGGGGGCUGCAGCGCGCGGGUGGGCGACAUACCCGCCCCCCUCCCCCUCGGCCCCUCUCCAAACUCCGUCUCUACAUGCCAACACCUUCCCCCCUGUGUGUUCUCCUCUGCUGAGGCGGCCGCAUUCUCCCCUCUGCUGCCCCCUUCGGCUCGUAUUGCCUCUAUCAUGGGGGGGGGGGAGAAGCGCGGCGGCUCUGGUGCAGCAACAGGGCACACCCUCGGCCCUGAGAAGAACACACACACAUACACACGCAUGCGUGCAUGCUCUCUAUCUCCCUCUCUCUCUCUCUCUCU